AUGGCUGAGUUCUCACUGCCUGGUACCAACAACUUCCGGAAAUUCACCCACAAAUCUUUGGCUGCUAUUGAAAAGAGAAUUGCUGCCAAGACGGAUUGUGAAAGAAAUACUACAGACCAUACACCUGAGGAGAAACCACGUCCUCAACUUGAUCUAAAAGCUUUCCAGAAAUUACCAGCUCUCUAUGGAAACCCACCUCCUGAGCUCAUUGGGGAACCACUGGAGGAUCUCGACCCGUACUAUGAUGAUCAUAAGAUUUUCAUAGUGCUAAACAAACAGAAAACAAUCUUCAGAUUUACUGCUACGUCUGCCUUAUGGAUCCUCAGCCCUUUCCAUCCAAUCCGAAGAGCAGCAAUUAAAAUUUUAGUACAUUCAUUAUUCACUUUGUUUAUCAUUUGCACUAUUAUAACUAAUUGUGUAUUCAUGGCUGCGACCGAAUCCUUUAAGAAUUCUUCUUCUUUGUGGAACAAGUAUGUCGAAUAUACUUUCACUGGCAUUUACACUUUUGAAUCUUUGAUAAAAAUAUUGGCAAGAGGAUUCUGUCUAAAUGAAUUCACUUUCCUUCGAGACCCCUGGAACUGGCUGGAUUUCAGUGUUAUUGUUAUGGCGUACUUGGGAGCCUUUGGUAUACUGGGGAGCGUGUCAGUCCUUCGGACUUUCAGGGUUCUGAGAGCUUUAAAAACCAUUUCAGUAGUCCCAGGACUCAAGAUCAUUGUAGGGGCACUUAUCCAGUCUGUCAAGAAACUUGCUGAUGUGAUGGUCCUGACUGUUUUCUGCCUGUGUGUCUUUGCCCUCAUAGGCCUCCAGCUUUUUAAGGGCAAUCUAAGAUAUAAGUGUAUCAGGAACUCUACAGAGUCCCUUAGUGUAUUUCAUAACCCUAACCUAACAUGGGAAUCCUAUGAAUUUUUUGAAAAAUAUACAGCACACUUUGCUAAGAAAGAGGGCACCUCAGAUAUUUUGCUGUGUGGUUCUGAUGCUGGGACCUGUCCUCCAGGCUAUAUGUGUUGCAAAAUUGGGCCAAAUCCUGACUAUGAUUUCACUAGUUUUGAUACAUUUGGCUGGGCUUUUCUCUCCUUAUUCCGCCUGAUGACCCAGGACUACUGGGAGCGCCUGUACCAGCAGACCCUCAGAGCUUCUGGGAAGGUGUAUAUGCUCUUCUUCAUGCUGGUCAUCUUUCUGGGCUCAUUUUAUCUAGUCAACUUGAUUCUGGCCGUAGUGACCAUGGCAUAUGAAGACCAGAACAAGGCCACCAUUGCUGAAACUGAGGCAAAGGAAAGGAAAUUUCGGGAAGCCAUGGAAUUAAUACAGAAGGAGCAGGAGGCAUUGGCUUUGAAAGGAGUGGAUGUCUCAUCAAUAAGCUCCUUUGAAACCAUUUCUCUGUCUACCAAAGAAAUCAAAGAAAGAAGCAAUAGGAAAAAGAGAAAUAAGUCAUUGGGAAUAGAAGAUAAUGAAGACCAACAAUUCUCCAAGUCACAGUCCACAGACAUUCAACGAAAGUUGUCUUUGCUUGGCCUGGGGCACCAUCCCAACACAAAUAAGAUGAAACGCAGAUUUAGCCACGGGAGCGUGUUCAAUAUCCCAACACCCCCUUUAGAAGUUGAUUCCAGAGUGGAUUUUGGUGAUGAGGAGACCUUCCUCGCUGAGGAAGACGCGGUCACGCGGGUGGGACGACGUUUCAGUGUCCAAAGUCAGAUGAGCCGCAGCUCUCGGCCCCCUACCCCGACCUGCGUGCUGGGCAGCAAGCGGGCUGACCCCAGCGACUGCAAAGGCGGGGGGUUGAUGAUGGAAGGACGAAGCAGCAGGCUGCACAGUCUAGAUCCAGUGCCUUCUGAAGGGGUAAUGCUUUCACCAGUGAUGGAGGAUCCAGGAAAGGGUGAUCUGCAGCCAGCUGUAAAUGAUGAGAGGAGCAUGAUGCCUUUGCCUCCUCGUCUAUCAGUGGAGUACAUUAAUGAGGCACUUCAGAGACAAAGGGCAGCAAGUGCAGUCAGCAUAAUUACCAGUGUCUUGGAGGAACUUGAAGAAUCUCAGCGGAGAUGCCCACGGUUCCUGAGUGAUUUUGCUUUCAAGUAUCUAAUUUGGGACUGUUGUCCACUUUGGUUGAGAAUCAAGAAAAAAGUGACUGCUUUCAUAAAGGAUCCUUUUACUGAUCUCACCAUCACUCUUUGCAUUGUGAUGAACACUUUGUUCAUGGCACUGGAGCACAAUAAUAUGUCAAAGGAUUUUAAAAUGAUGCUCAAAGUAGGCAACUUGGUUUUUACAGGUAUCUUCACUGCAGAAAUGAUCUUAAAAAUCAUCGCUCUAGAUCCCUAUUAUUAUUUUCAGCAGCCCUGGAACAUUUUUGACAGUGUAAUUGUCACAUUGAGUUUAACCGAACUGAGUUUACCCAGAGACAAAAGCAAGAAGGAAAGGAGAACAGGAGGAACCCUGUCAAUUUUACGAUCCUUCAGACUGCUGAGGGUCUUCAAACUGGCAAAGUCCUGGCCAACUUUAAACACUCUAAUCAAAAUCAUUGGUAACUCCCUGGGAGCACUGAGUAACCUGACCCUCAUCCUGGCAAUCAUCGUUUUCAUCUUUGCUAUAGUAGGGAUGCAACUUUUUGGGGAAAGCUAUUCGAAGAACAGAUUUAAAAUAGACAAAAAUGGUCAGCCACGCUGGCACAUGAUGGACUUUUUCCACUCGUUCCUUGUGGUUUUCCGGAUUCUGUGUGGAGAAUGGAUUGAGACCAUGUGGGACUGCAUGGUGGUUGCUAAGCCACCUCUGUGCCUGCUCGUCUUUCUACUGGUCAUGGUUUUAGGAAAUUUAGUGGUUCUUAACCUCUUCAUUGCGCUGCUGCUGAAUUCCUUCAGUGCUGACUGUCUCCAGACAGCAGAGGAUGACAGAGAGUUGAACAACCUUCGAAUUGCCUUUGCUCGGAUUCACAAGGGAUUUCAAUUUGUGAAGAGUGUUACGUGGGAUGCCUGGUGUGGAAAGCUCAGGCAUAUCAAGAAAGCACACAAGAAGAAAAUCCAUUUGACUACACAGAACCCACCUGGGUUCAAGCAAGAGGAAAUAAAAAAUCAUAAAGAGAAGUACAAUAAUGAAUGUACUGAGAAAACUGGGGACAGAUCCUCAGGUCUUGAAGAUGAUAUUACCAACCCCAACACAUUUGUUUGUGUCCCUAUUGCUGAGGCAGAGAACACAAGUGAGGGUUUUGAAGAUGAAGAUAAGCUGAGCACAUUUACAGACACAGAAUACAGCAAACAGGAUGGAAAUCACUUGAGGCAAAGGGGAGAAAGAGGGAAAAAUUUGGGCAGCUGGAGUAAGGGGUCUGGAUUUUCCUCUGAAGAACUCAGUGUGCUUUAUCUAGGAAAAGAGACAAAGGUUGAACCAUCAUCAUCAGGGCAAAAACAGCUCACCAGUGUCAGCCCUUCUGAAGGCAGCACAGUGGAUCUGACAAACCCUGAAGAGCUUCUGAGGAAGAUUCAGGAGUUUGCUGAAGACUCCAAGACUCCAGAAAAAUGUUUUCCAGAAGGUUGUGUUCGAUACCUCUGUUGUUACACGGGUAGUGCCAAACAGUUUGGUGAAGAAACAUGGUGGAAUCUGAGAAAAACCUGCUACCAGAUUAUUGAACACCCCUGGUUUGAAUCCUUUAUUAUAUUCAUGAUCCUUCUGAGCAGUGGAACCCUGGCAUUUGAAGACAUCUAUAUAGAUAAGAAAAAAAAGAUUAAAGAUAUGUUAGCAUUUCUUGACAAACUGUUCACUUUCGUCUUUGUUCUGGAGAUGCUCUUGAAAUGGGUGGCUUAUGGCUUCAAGAAGUACUUUACCAAUGCCUGGUGCUGGCUGGACUUCCUAAUUGUAGAUAUCUCUUUAAUAAACCUCUUGAUCAAAAAAGGCAGUGCCAUGAAAUCUCUUAGGACUCUGCGAGCUCUGAGACCCUUAAGAGCAUUGUCACGAUUUGAGGGGAUGAGGGUGGUUGUCAAUGCCCUCGUGGGAGCCAUCCCUUCCAUCAUGAAUGUUCUGCUUGUCUGCCUCAUCUUCUGGCUCAUCUUUAGCAUCAUGGGAGUGAACCUGUUUGCUGGGAAGUUUGGGAAAUGUGUCAAUAUGACAGAUGAAGAUUUGGAAUUAAGUCAUUGGAUCGAUAACAAAACAGACUGUGAAAAGUAUAAUAACACAGGAAAAAUAUUCUGGGUCAAUAUGACAGUCAACUUUGAUAAUGUUGGCUCUGGCUACCUGGCUCUUCUUCAGGUGGCAACAUUUAAAGGCUGGACGAACAUCAUGUAUGCAGCAGUAGAUUCACGAGAGAAAUAUGAGCAGCCAAAAAUGGAGAACAGUCUAUUUAUGUAUCUCUACUUUGUGAACUUCAUCAUCUUUGGAUCUUUCUUUACCCUGAAUCUAUUUGUUGGUGUUAUUAUUGACAACUUCAACCAACAAAAGAAAAAGAUAAGUGGGGAAGAUAUCUUUAUGACAGAAGAACAGAGAAAAUACUACAAUGCAAUGAAGAAGCUGGGAUCCAAGAAACCUCAAAAACCUAUUCCAAGACCACUGAACAAAUACCAAGGAUUCCUUUUUGACAUUGUAACACGCCAAGCUUUUGAUGUUGUCAUCAUGGUUCUCAUCUGCCUUAACAUGAUCUCCAUGAUGGUGGAAACCCAUGAGCAAAGCGAAACAAAGACUAACAUCCUUAACAAAAUCAAUAUACUCUUCGUUGCUGUCUUUACUACAGAGUGUGUACUGAAAUUGGUGGCUCUGAGGCAGUACUAUUUCUCAAAUGCCUGGAAUAUAUUUGAUUUAGUCGUUGUGAUCAUGUCACUUGUUGCCUUACUGCUUUCUGGCAUUGGUAAAGCAUUUGAGCGUUUCUUACCACCUACGCUCUUCAGGGUUAUCCGCUUGGCUCGGAUUGGACGAAUCCUGAGACUCAUUCGGGCUGCCAGAGGGAUUCGAACUCUGCUUUUUGCCUUAAUGAUGUCCCUACCUGCUCUGUUCAACAUUGGCCUCUUGCUUUUCCUGGUCAUGUUCAUUUAUGCCAUUUUUGGCAUGGCUAACUUUGCCCACGUGAAGAUGCAAGAUGGUAUUGAUGACAUGUUCAACUUCCAAACCUUUGCUAACAGCAUGCUCUGUCUCUUCCAAAUUACCACUUCAGCUGGCUGGGAUAGUCUUCUCAGUCCUAUUUUAUACACUGGCCCACCAUAUUGUGAGCCAGACGUAAAUGGUACUGAAGGUAACUGUGGUAAACCUGCCAUAGGCAUUAUUUAUUUUGUAAGUUACAUCAUUAUAUCAUUUCUCAUUGUUGUAAACAUGUAUAUAGCUGUUAUUCUGGAGAACUUCAAUGCUGCUACUGAGGAAAGUACAGAGCCUUUAGGGGAAGAUGACUUUGACAUCUUUUAUGAAAUCUGGGAGAAGUAUGAUCCUGAGGCAACUCAGUUUAUAGCUUUCUCUGCACUUUCAGACUUUGCAGAUGCACUGGCUGAACCUUUACGUGUACCAAAACCAAACAAAGUUGAACUCAUAGCAAUGGACCUGCCUAUUGUCAGUGGAGAUAGGAUCCACUGCCUGGAUAUCUUGUUUGCUUUUACCAAAAGAGUGUUAGGAGAUUCUGCUGUGCUGGAUACUCUUAAAGUACAAAUGGAGGAGAAGUUCAUGGCUGCAAAUCCAUCCAAAACGUCCUAUGAGCCAAUCUCCUCUACUCUCAGACACAGACAAGAGGAAGCUUCUGCCACUGUCAUCCAGCGUGCCUACAGGAGUCAUUUGCUCCUGCGCUUCAGAAGGCAUAAGGCUUCUAACCUGCACCAUCACAGAACUUGCAGUGGUGACACCCUUAGAGGUGUUACUCCAGAAAAAGAAGAACUUACUACAUCUAUGAUGGGUGAAAAUUAUAGUAGGAGUCCUGACAAGUCUGAAACUUUGUCUUCAGCAUCCUUUCCUCCAUCGUAUGACAGUGUGACGAGAGCCAGUAGUAGCAAUCUCAUGGUUGAGAAUGAAGAAAUUACAGGUAAUCAACAAUCUCCAGGCAAUAAAUAG